GGAAAAAGAAAAGCGUCACUUUUUAAAAUAUCGUCAGAAAUACAAGCCUCCCAAUACAACUAAUAUCAAAAGAUGGCCAGUUUCGUUCCUUUUAUGGACAAGGAGAACAGCUCUUCCGUGAAUGUAGCUGCAAGAGGGCUUGUCAGCACACAUACUGGAAGAGUUGGAAAAACCUUUCAAAGCAAUAACCAGCUUAAGGCUAAUGGACCAUCUCGUAAGGCUCUUGGAACAGUGAACACCGAAUCCAGACUGACCUUUAGCCAACUUGCGCACAACUUUGCCCAAAAGAAGCAACAAGGAUCAAAGAAGUCUAUUACAGAAACCAACCCAAAUAUUGGACUUCGUCUUGCAAAUGUUAACAUAGUGAAUAACACUCAAAAUCAACAAACUCAGAAGGGGAAGUCAAGAACCCAAGCCCCACAAGUAAAAUGUGAUGUAAACCUCAAGCCAGUGCCCAAACAGGAAAAUUUGGUCCAAGAUACUGAGAAAUUCCACAUAUAUGAUGACACAGAAGACUAUGAGAAUGACAUAUGUCCAAAAUCAGAGAGACCCAGUGUACACCUAGAUGCCUUCUUGAAGAUGGGACCAUUGCUGUCUUGUGUAGCAGUGCCCCCUCCAUCCCCUGAACCAAAAAUCAAGGAAUCUUUUACAGUCAAUAAAAAACGUGAAGGUUUUCUCGAAGAUCCGACCUUAACUCUGCUGGAGGAAUCAGAUAUGCGCAUAGAUGACAUACCCCUGCCACCUAUUGAUGACAUGAUGGACUUAUCAGAUAUCAGUUUUUAAUAAAACCAAGAGCUAUAAAUCUAUUGUUUUAAAUGCUGGUUGAGUUGUUGAAUGAUGAACAUUAUCAUUGAUUGAUGAAUGCUACCAUUGAAGUAGGAAUGUUAUCAUUGAAUAGUGAACAUUAUCAUCAAACAGUUCAUUAACAUUGAACGGUGGACAUUAUUAUUAUCAUUGAACAAUGUUCAUUAUUAUUGAACAGUG